GUGCUAGAUACAUGUACGUGUAUGUAAAUCCGGAUGUAAAUGUUUAUUAGAUUUAACAAUUUUCAUGGCGGUGGCAAUAAAAUACUAAACUUGAUGAAUGUGAAAAAAAUCCCAAAAUCGAUCCUCGUCAUAUAUUGAUCACGUGAAUCCUCGCAUUGGUAUUUGACGAUGUAAACAAUCCAAAUCGAUAAUCGAACAGUGAUAGUCUGAUCUGGACUGAUCUGCUGGUCAUACAGUCCAGGUGAGAUAGCACUGUACAGUGUGUUUACCGUACAGUAAAGAUAAAUUCAUGAAGAACAAAAACAUCUACAUGUAGUUGACGAUCUGAAAGUUACUUCACAUCCGCACUCAUACGAAAACUUAGCUCGCAAAAUAUCUUUAAGUAGCACAGUAGUCGGAUAGAAAAAGUGAUUACGUAAGUCGAAAUGUUGGACGAAAACCGCACGGUAUGGAUGCUUUUAACUGGCUCUAUAGUGAAACACGCAGUGCUGACGUUCUUGGCUAGUCGGAAGAGGAAGCAGUUGGUCGGUCACGUGUCUCGUUUACACGUGUUCCCUUUAAAAUCUGCUCGAGAAUUGCCGGACAAUAUCACAGAGGUUCGGUUGACAGACCAUGGUAUUGUUUACAAUGGAGUUGCCGACAGGCACUGGCUGGUGACGAAAAAUGGCGACAUGAUGACGAUGAAGCAGAGCGCCCGCCUCACCCUGAUCUCACCGAGUAUCCAUGGUAACCACCUUCACCUGGACGCUACGGGCAUGGCAACGCUCAUUCUUCCUCUCGACCCAAAAGUCGCACUCGACCAAACAGCGACAGUUACCGUUAAGAACACUCCACUGCCGGCUCUUGACAUGGGUGCGGAGGCGGCCGGCUGGGUGUGUUCGGUACUGCAACAGGAAGGACUGCGGCUGAACUUCUCCGCGCCUAGUCUUGACAAGCGCCUCUCGAGUAAGGUGCACAAGGACUGGGGGACGCUUAUUGCGGAGACAGAUGAGAUUGCCUUCCAAGACUUCGGUCACUGCAUGAUCAUGUGUGAGUCAUCCUUGGCGGACCUCAACGGGCGACUUCCGACACCCAUGUCGGUGAUUCCCUUCCGACCAAACGUCAUGAUCGAUGGGACGCAUCCGUAUGAUGAAGAUAAUUGGCGGGAAAUCUAUUUUGGAGAGCAGACGAGCGUGCGGUACGUCGACCAGUGUACACGGUGCCUGAUCACCCAGAUCGAUCACGUUACUGGAGAAAAGUUCCCGGACGAACAACCAUUGAAAGAACUUAAGACCUAUCGCUUAAUGGACCCCUACGGACCAAAACCCGUAAUGGGUAUCCAUACAGUUACUAAAACACCAGGCUACAUCCGGGUAGGCGACCCUGUCUACGUUGUCAAGAAAAAGUGACGUGUCACUUGUUUGAACACGUUUGAACGACCCUUUCAAAACGGGGCGUAUAAUAGGAACAUAUGUGACGGGAACCAGGCGGUAGGCAGCGGGCGAGGCGACUUCUAGAAAAAAAUGUCUGCUCAAUAUUUAAUAAAAACCGGCUCAUCAUGAAACUUGUUGAUAAUGUUCUUGGGCAUAAUAUCUCGGUCAAGUCCAAACGCACUUACUAAGUAUGAACAUUGAAUUACAACACAUUUGCAAAAUUUACUUUUUCUGCUGUCUUACCGAAAUAGUUUUAUUCGUUUCAUCUUCAAACUUGGUGACAAUGUAAAUGGGCAUAUACAUCGACCAGAGUCGAUAACCAGCUCAAUCGCAUUCAGCCCAAAUGGAUUAUAACCCUAAAAUGUAAAAUUAUCCAAAGCACUUACAUUUUGUGUGUAAUUUGCUUACCUGCUGACCUAGCUUUUUAUUUGCAUUAUUUAAUUUGAAUAAUAAUACAUAUGCUAAAUGUUGAAGACCUAGUUGCAUGGUAAUACCACGGUUGUCGAUGUCUCCAUUAUUUUCUGAGCCGUAAGUUCUACAACAAAGUAUAACAUCAUUCACAUCAUUGUUACCCAGAUAUUUAAACAGGCGUAUAUUGUGAAUUUGUGCCCACGUGUUAGAUGCACAUAAUAAUGUACGUGUACAAUACGAUGGUAUUAAUUGUAGCCAGUCAUAUUUAUCAUGUCAGUUCUUUUUGUUAGCCUUGUUCGUUGUUUUGUUAUUUGUGCAUUGAUGAUAACGAACGAUAUACAUGUGUAUGUUGCUAUAAUAUUUAAAAAUAGAUCGGUACAUAUUACAUGUAAAUGUGUUGAGGUCAUUGGAUGUAAAGACUGUUUUUCAAUUGAUUUUGUUUAGGAAAUCUUCAGAAAAUUUAAUCAGAUUUAUUUGGGUGUUCGUCUUUUUCCUAUGUAAUAAGUUUCCGUUAUUCGUACAUGCUUUGACAUGAUAUGUUGUUGCUUUUUGUACAAAAUACAUCAUUCCUUAA